ACGCAGGAAGAGCAAUGCAGAACAGUUGAACAUCCAAAAUACCUCGGGGAGAUACCUAUUCACCUGGAUGUAGAAGGUAUAUCACAAAAAGAAUAUGAUUCUUCUCGAGAUCUACCGAAUGCUCUUGAAUACGAUUGCCAAACCCUUAAAGAACAGAACCAGGCACUUCGCGAUCUCAUCGAAAUCUUUAGAGUCUAUCUCAGGAAUGAGCAAGGCCCGUUCUCUAAUAUAAAAAACACAGCCGAUGCAGCCGUAAUCGCCACAAUUGGAUCUUUGCCAUGUACAGAGCUGAACAUGAACGAUGUCAUCACCUUUCAUGCCACAUCUGUCAUCGACAACGAUUUUAAGUUCAAAGAGAUUGGACGUGGAGCGUUUGGACGUGUACUGCUCGCCCGACAUACCACCAGCUCUGAGACCGUUGUUAUCAAGGGGCCUGUCAUCCCGCCAUUCUUUUCUCCAGAUAAGAUUGAGUCUCAGAGACGGUCAAACCUUGGUCAGUUCACAAAGGAAGCUGUAGCCUCAGAAUUCCUAUCCAGAAGCCGGCACUUCCCGAAGUUCUACGGUACCCUGAUGCUCGAUGGUGACAUGUGCAUUGUUCAGGAAUUCAUCGGCGACAAGAAGACAGGGAAGGUUUUCCCUUUGCUGAACAUAAUGAAGUGUAGCCCAAGUCCUUUUCUGUCUUGUCUCAGCUUAUUAGGUAUUGCCGUUGAUGUCCUGGAGGGCAUAGCAUUCAUGCACUCCAACAGAUUACUUCACAACGAUAUCAAAGCUGACAAUGUUCUUCUUGAGUUUAGAAAUAACCAUUGGCAAGGAUUUAUCAUAGACCUGGGUCUCGUUAGUACCAUCGCUUUUCCACCACGCAUAACCAUCAACGAAUCAAUUAUGGAGAACCAUAAGAAGCUUAGUGUAAACUUUUAUCUCGCACCCGAGGUCGUCGACGACGGGGCAGCUUUGUCCCUGGCCAGUGACAUCUAUUCUGUAGGAGUCCUGCUGGGGAUCAUCGGCAGAGCCGCUCGCUCUCAGGACUUGAUAUCUAUUGGGAAUUCGUGUUCCCAGAACUCACCCAUGCUUCGUCCGCGUUCCUUGAAUGAUGUGUUGUACAAAGUUCAAAGUUUGCAGGGGCGACUGGCACUUGAGAAAAAAAUAGGGAUGUAGCUGUCAUGAUCUUCUUCAACUCGGUGUACACUCUGUUGAGAGACAAGAUGUCGUAUAUCAAUACCGAUCGUUUCUAAUUUGAGUCAACUUGUGAGAUGUAUGGUAAAAAAAAAUCAUAUUAUACUCAUUCUCGCUUCUCUGUCCUAUACAAUAUCCAAUAUGUUUCCCAUUUUCCCCUUUAAUACUCUGUGUUCACUCUUAUUCUAAGUUUAGAUUAUAAUUUUCUGUUGUUAGUUACGAUGACCAUUGUGAUCCACUGUCCUCUGCUAUUUUGCAAAGAUAAUUUACCUUCAUUUUCGAUUGUAAUAUAAUUGAUGGAUCCAUUGUUUCAAAUAUUAUUCUAAUAAUGUUCUAUAUAAUAUAUUGCAUUAUUCGACACGCUGGGCUUCUGUGGAAGCCCGUCGCACGCAAAGGGUUAAAUAUUAAUUUCCAAAAUCCUCAUCCAUGCAUGAUUUACAAAAAUAUGCGUCUGUUUCAAAAGAGAAAAAUUAAAACAGAACUGAAAUUCAAACUGAAACAUUCAAUCCAAAGACAAAAUCACAUACUGAUUUCAUGAUUUAAGAUUAG